UUUGGAGAAGUCUUAAUUAAUUAUUAAUAUGAUAAGGUAUAAUAUAUAUUUAUAAGUUUUACUAAAGCAUCCUAUUGAGUUAUAACCUGAAUUAUGGAAUGUUCAGACUGUUAGAUAAAUGGAAUUUUAUUAUUAUAAGAUAAGAUCAAAAAUGUAGCCUGUUCCACUUUAAUUUUAUAUGAAUUAAAAUGAGAAUACAAAUUUUAAAAUAUUUGUUUCAUCUGUCAAUCCAUUCCCAACCAAGUUUUCUUGUGAUUAAAUUAUUUCCGUUAAAGGAUGGAAAUAUAAAAUAGAUGACUCAAAAAUAUUUCAUUGUGAAUUUAUUUAUAUAAGCAUGGUUUGUGAUUUAGAUACUUAUGUGAAACUAAAAUACUAAUUCGGAACAAAAAUAUUGAAAAGACCUUAAACAAUGUAAAAAAGAAUGGAAACAGAAUUGAUUAUUCCUUAAAGUCCAUAAUAACAAUAAUUAGAGAGAAUGAAUUCAGAUUUUUUAUUAGCUCAAGUAGCUUAAAUUAAAAAAAGAAGAAAUCUAAAAUUAAAAUAAAGAGGAUUAUUAUUUAAGGAUUUAAUAAAAGAAAAUAUUUAAAAAGUAGUUGAAUAUAAUGAAGAUUAAUAACGUAGUUUUAGAGAAAUGAGAAGAGUUCAAUCUGAUAAUAGAAUAGAAGAUGUGUUAUUAAGAAAGAAAGUUUUAAAUUAAAAUGAACAAUAAAGAAAAGUAUAUGAAUAAAAAACUCGAGAAUUAGGAAAAAUCUUGAGACAAAGAUCUAAUUUUGUUUAGUCAAAAAAAACAUUGAAAAAUAAAAUAUGUCAUUAUUGGCUUAAUUUCAUAUAUAUAGCUUUAAUGAGUAGUAGGAUACUUAAUGUAUAUUAACAUAAAAUUGAAGCAUAAAAUUAAUCUACUUUGAUGGCAUUUUAAGUUAAAAGAAUUAUGAGAAGAAUUCAUAAAAGACUUAUAGCUGUUAAAGGAUUAACAUUAUUUGAUAGAGUAUUUUUUGAUGUUAAAUUGUAAAAUUAUUUAUGUUAAUAAUUAGAGCUUCCUUAUGUUUUACUAGAGCAGUUUAUCAAAAAUAAAUAAAAGAACAUAUUAAUAAAUUAAUACCUUUUCUAAAAUAAAGAGCUGAACUUCAUCUCUUCAAAAACCAAGUUAUCGUCACUCAUUUUAAAAUUUUAAAAAUUAGAUAAAGCUUUCAAGAAUUUCUAUUAAAAUUCAAUAACUAUAAAAAAUAAUUGAACAGUAUUUGGUAGAAGUAUUUUAAAGAAUAACUUUUAAAAAAUUAUAAUCAAUUAAAUUAAAAAAAGAAGGAAAUAUACUAGUAAUAUGUAUUUCUACUACAAAAUUAAGAAUAUUAUAGGUAUACUAUAAAUUUAAUAAUAUUAGUCUUCUUUAAAAUUAAUUUGUGAAUGCAUACAGUAAAGAAAAAUUAAGAGGAUUUUUGAAAGAAAUGAGUGUUUAUUCUUAAUAUAUAAAGAAAUUAAGAUAGCAAAAAUAUAGCAAAUCAACGAAGAAAGAUUUUUAAUAGAAUUAGUAGGUAAUGUAUUAACCAAAAUUGUUAUACAUUCCUAGUUAUGAUGAAAUCUUAGAAUAUCUUCCAAUAUUGAUGAGUAACUGUAAUAAAUAAGACACAAGAAGUUCUUAGCAGAUAUCACAAUCUUAAAUAGUGAGUUUGGGUGAAAACAAUUAAAAAAAGAGAAAACAAGAAAGAGCGAAGAAAUGA